AUGGUGAGAGGAGCCUUAACCACACUACCAUGCUCUGUCAACGUGCCCGCGCCGGCUGCACACAGAUUAAGUCCUGGUACAUCCAUUUGCAUCGCCCUCCGGGGUUAUCGUUUCCGGUCACUGGAAUUAGACGCUCUGUAUGUAUUCUGUUCUCAAUGCAAGCUCAAAGAAGCAGCUUUUGUCGAUUUGCAGAGGGCAAACGAUUCGGCGUUGGCUGGGAUACGUCUUUGUUGUGAUUCUUUGGCCGUGCAGGCAGAACUUCCUCAGGAAAUCGCCAAGGAGCUCGCCACCACCGCCAAAAGUCUGGCCUCUCCUGGCAAAGGACUUCUUGCAGCCGAUGAGUCUACCGGCACUAUUGCGAAGCGCUUCUCCUCCAUUGGCGUAGAGAACACUGAGGCCAAUCGUGCUUUCUACCGAGGCUUGCUCUUCACUUCAAAGGGUCUAGGCCAGUACUGCAGUGGCGCUAUUCUCUUCGAGGAGACACUGUAUCAGAAGUCACCCGAGGGUGUUCCCAUGGUAGAGCUUCUGAAGCAGGAGAACAUCAUCCCCGGCAUCAAGGUCGACAAGGGCCUGGAAGUCAUCCCAGGCACCGAUGGGGAACAAGCGACUAUGGGCCUAGACGGCCUGAGCGAGCGGUGCAAGAAGUAUUACGAGGCAGGUGCCCGCUUCGCAAAGUGGAGGGCAGUGCUGCAGAUCGACGAGGCCAAGAACAAGCCAUCCAACCAGUCUAUUGCAGAGGUUGCCUACGGCCUCGCUCGGUACGCCGCCAUCUGCCAGCAGAACAAGCUCGUCCCGAUUGUGGAGCCAGAGAUCCUCACUGACGGCGCUCAUGAUAUCCGUCACUGCGCCCAAGUAACUGAGAAGGUUCUGGCAGCUGUUUUCAAAGAACUCAACAACCAGAAGGUUCUUUUGGAGGGGGCCCUUCUUAAGCCCAACAUGGUCACCCCUGGCGCCCAGGGACCGAAGGCCACCCCGGAAGAAAUUGCAUUUUUCACGGUGCGUGCUCUCUCUCGCACCGUCCCCCCGGCACUGCCAGGAGUCAUGUUCCUUUCUGGAGGUCAGUCGGAGGAGGAGGCUUCCGUGAAUCUCGACGCCAUGAACAAGAUCGGGCCGCACCCGUGGAAGCUUUCCUUCUCCUACGGAAGAGCUCUGCAGGCAUCCACGCUCAAGCACUGGGCCGGGAAGCCGGAAAACAAGGCGAAGGCUCAACAGACGCUCCUGGAGAGAGCAAAGGCGAACAGCGACGCACAGCUCGGCAAGUACGCCGGCGGAGCUGGAGGUGCGGACGCCGGUGCCUCGCUGUAUGAGAAGAAGUACAUCUACUAA